UUUGUGUCUCCGGUGCAGUGUAGUUUGUGUCUCCGGUGCAGUGUAGUUUGUGUCUCCGACCGUAGUUUUGAGGAUGAUGCAGACAGUGCAGAUGGGAACCGUGCUCAGGCUGCCUUCAAGGUCCCCAAGAUCCCCAAGAAGUCGGCAGAGUUCUCUGCUGCACGAAGACCCAACACGACGGCUUCCAAGAUCGGAGGUGCGUCUAAGGAUGGAACUGGGGGCAUCGAUGAAGAAGACUUCAUCAAAUCUUUCACUGACGUCCCCACAGUACAGAUCUACUCAUCUCGUGACCUGGAGGAUAACCUGAAUAAGAUCAGAGAGAUCUGUUCUGAUGAUAAACAUGACUGGGACCAGAGAGCCGCUGCAAUGAAGAAGAUCCGCUCGCUGGAUUGUUGCCGGGGCAACGGAGUACGAGUGUUUCUACCAACACCUGAGGCUGUUGGACGGAGCGUUCAAACUUCACCUGUCGACAGUGUUGGGUACAAGUUUGACCAUGCACACACACGUUCCAGACUCAUCCCCCUGAUCACCAGUAACUGCACCUGCAAGUCUGUGGCCGUCAGAUCGGUGAGCAUGAUGAAGAGUGUGUAG